AUGUCAAAGGUGUGGGAGCUUGAAGAAAUCAAUCGGUGGAAGAGGUUUUCAAAACACACCAUUGCUACCUUGCAGAAGGAGCAUAGGAAACAGAUUUCAAGAGAUUCGGCCGAUACCAUCCAGACCUACCGCAGAGAACAGGAGGCCCUCGCUGCUGUACAAAUGGACCUUGUUGACUUGGAAGGACUUGCUUCUUCCCGGGGGGUGGCUGAUGGAGAUUUGAUUCAAGAAGGCACGGACGAUGACGACAAAGAUUCCGCCAUGUCAGACGACAACAGUAUUUUCGCGCAUGUGCACCUAGAUCGAGGUCGUGCUGAUAGCCAUGCCUCAUGGCAUGGCACUGUGAAUAUCGAAAGCCCUUCCUUCCACCAUGCCCUCCAAGGCUACUGCAAAAAAACAACGUCCCCCACGAAAAAACACAAAAGUGAUAAAAAACCAGGGCGUAAAUUGGACCUUAAUCCUUCCCUCCAACCGGACAGCACCCAACUCGGGCUUCAAGAAGAAUAUACCCAGCCCCCGCUUUUGUACAGCCACCUCUCAGCAAUGAUGGAAGGAUAUGAUGACAAUGAGGGAGAGGAGGAGGAGGAGGAGGAAGCGCGAAACGAUCAGCGCGGGUCCUACCAGGAGGACCACCAACCACUUCCAUACGACAUCUCCCUCAGCCCCACUAUGGGUGGAACCAUACUAUGCAAGAUCAGGACCCUGGUGCUCCUCAGCACUACCAACCUGUUCAGCCAGACCACGACCCUGGCGUUCCUCAACAUUAUCAACCCCUUCCCUAUUACCCUCCGCCACAAAUGCAGUAUGAUGAUCUGCCGCCUUCCAGUCCCCCUCGUGACCCAUGCUUUGACAACCAACUUAGCGUGCCAUCAUCCAGCCAGCAACCUGCUCCCCCCCAUCACCAGACACAUCUCGUACCUCCCAGAAUCCAGGAACUCGAGCACACUACACGCUCAAGGUUCAGAGGUCUCAAUUGAAUGCAAGGAGAAUGCCUCGAGCGCCAACGGGCUCGCAGAGAGCCAACGAGGGCAACUCAUUACAACUGGCAUCAUCAGGCUGACAGACAAAGAGCUGAAAGAUGUGAAGAAGGAGGCGAAACAGGUGAUGUGCAGAAAGGUGCUCCUCGAGAAUGCAAUGCCCACGAUGGAACGGAAUACUGAAAUGGCUGAGGAAGCAUUUUUGGAGGCGGCAGGACAUGUAGUAUCAGAUCACGCCGAGACCUGCAAGAAGCUAUCAGGGAUCAUGACGACCGUGCGUGGAGUCUUCAAGAAGGAGGCGCAAUGGCUCAUUCUCAACCACUAUUCUCUUUCUCUCAGUUGCCCCGCUUCUCGUCAACCACAGCUAUCUCUUUUCAUGUCCCCUGUCAACCACCCCGCUGUCAUCGAGACAAUCUGUAAUUCCCUCUGGACCACUCAUCUUCAUGAAGCACUCGACUUCAAUGAGCUCGACAAGCUCAACGACUUAUUUUCAAUCGGGGGCACUGCAGUCCAUAACACUCUACUAGAGUUCCAAGACGGAGUAUAUAAGUCAGUACAAUUUUCACCAGCGUCUUUGUCAGCAACAGAGUACAAAGCAAUUCAGACCCACAAUACCAUCGUCCACGACACGCCUACGCUGCAUUCUGCUUCGUUGUCCGUAAAGCAGAACAUGAUUGCUCUGGGGAUGGCUUUGCGUGCACAUUGA